AAGAAGGCGUACGUGUGUGUUAGUGUUCCUGGUGAAGAGAGCAGUCGAAGAAGAGGAAUAGGGUGAAACCCAUCACUAUAUUAUUGCUGUUUAUAGCAUGAAGCAAGGGUGGUGGUAACAGGAGCUGGUAAUAGUAAAGACAUACUGGUGAUAUAUUGUCUCAUACAACAGUGCGAAGGUAUAUUGAAAAAAAAAAAACACAAAAACAAAACUAAACCGCGAGAGGACACGCGAACGAUGGAUUACAUCGGUGAUCUGCUUAAUCAAAUGUCGUCUGCCUUCAACCAGGAGACGGCCAUACCGAAGAAGGAGGAGAUCUCGAUGGACGAAACGCUCAAGUGGCGCGCGCUCAAGAACAAUCAGUUUGCAUCCCGAACCCGUUUGCCACAGCAGCAGCAAUCAGCGGGUAGCACCGGAAGCGGUACGCGUAGCGGAUUGACCAACGGACGUAAAAGCGUAGCGGGUGGUACGGCGAGCGGGAGCAACACCUCCAACAGACAGCGGCGCCAAACGACCGGAGGAAAUUGUAACGAUAGUGGCAGUAUCGCGACGACGGUCGACGACGGAAGCAGAUCCCCGCCGACAUUGCUUGGAGACAACGGGAAUCUAACACCCGACAUUGCGGAUGAGGAGGAUAUUGAGAUAGAGAUAGCGAAGGAUAUUAGCGGCGAAGAGUUGCAGGAAGCACUCGGGCUUAGUCAGCUGGUAGAGGUUGAGUCUGAAGAGUUUGGAGGAGCACUUGAGGUUGAAGAUAGACUAGAAUCGGUCGGGAACGGUGAAGAUUUGAUUGACGAAAAGAAAACGAGUCCGACGAUGGAACAACAACAUCACGACAAGGGAGCAGAGACUGUGGCGGGAGAUUGUAAAUCCGAGGACGUGAUCGACACUAAGUUGUCCUUAGAGGUGCCAUAUACCAGCAGUGCCAGUGUGAGCCCUACGGUGCUGGUGGAACAAAAGGAUGUACCAAGUGAACAGCUUGUAAUGCUUCCAACUAAAUCUGACACAGAUGAAGCGGAUGUUGCGUUGGAUAAAUCGGCUCAAUUACCAACAUCGCCAAGUAGCAAACCGAAAGUAGCCGAUUUUGUUGGUGGAAAUCUUGAAGAGCAGUUGGAUGUUGAAGAAAAAAUCGACGAAGAAGCAGCAAUCGAUGAUCGCGUAGAUAAUGAUGAUCUUGACGAAGCUUCAAUGUUGGAAGAUGAUGAAGACGAUGUACUCAUCAUUAACACGGACGAGGCAGACGAGGUCGUAGAGCUGGCGGAAACGUCGAAAGAAGACGAAGAGGAUGAAGAGGAAACGUCUGACAAGAUGCCGUCAGAAACGGACGAUCCUGCAACAACUGUCGUGGAACAAAAGGAUGAUGGUGUUCAGUCGAAGGAGGAAGUAUUAGAGACGCCCGAAUUCCAACCAGAAUCGCUUGCUGGAGACGCUAUUUCUAAUCCUAUAGUUGACAAUAUCGAGGAAAAAUUUAACCCCAAGGAAACCGCUGAUGGAAAACCGAAUGAAGAACACGAUCACAACAUUACCGAUCGACCUUCCAACGAUUGUGAGGAGGUGAAAUUUUUCGAUUCUUUAAAAACUUCCUGCAGUUCCACAUUGGCGAAGGAAAGCGGUGAUCCUCGAUCUCCCGUAUGCGAAAAGGUGGAAGAAAAGACUGAAUCUGUGAUGGAGGAGAAUAAGUUCGUCGGAAAUGAAUCUUCUGCAGACAAAGAGAUCGCAAGCAUUACGGCUGAAGUAGGUACUGAAAAGGCAGAACAACCUGCUGGACGAACAACGCGUAGUAAGAAGGGUACAGUUGUGGUUGGAUCCGUUGUCAACACAUCACCAUUAGCCGCUGCCACAGCACAUUCGCAAAGAAGAUCCCAGCGCUUCCAGAAGGAUUCUACCGGAGCGUCAAGCGAAGGUAAAUCAAAUGGGGAAAAUCCCAUCGAGCCAAUAGUUGUAGUCAAAGAGGAAGAAUCGGACGAAUCUUUGGCAGCAAAGAAACGAACUUCCGUUGGAGGAGUAGCACCGCCCCCAGGAGCUGAGGCCAGGCUGAAAUCAACGGUAAAGUCAGAUCGAAGUUUGCGCAGUAAGCAGCAAGGAAGUAGUACUGUAAGCCAACCUGCCGUGAUGACACGCCGUGCGUCGGAGACGGUUAAAGCAGCUCCGGACGAGCCAACUGAUGGACAGCAGGAUACGGACGCGGACAAAUCGAUCGUUGGCCGUCGAGGAAGAAAACGAAUGAGUCAGGAUCGGUCGGCAGCUUCGUCGGUAGUUUCGACCGAACCAGCUACUCGCACGAGGGAAAAAUCGACACGCGAUGAAUCGGUUAAGGGUGAAGCAAGUGCAGCUGGACAAGGACGUACAAGCCGCUCGGGGUUUCCUUUGGAACCGGACGAAACCGAUACCGGUGGCAAGGAGGAGAUACCGGAUACACCAGUGCUAGAAAAAAAUAUUCAACAGCAGCCGCAGCAGCAACAACAACCACAGCGUCGUGGACGAAAGCGGAAAAAUUUAAACGUCUCAGACAAAGAUAGUCCAGCAAUACCGGCAGCUUCGUCGAAUGUGUCCAGUUCCGGUGGGCCAAACGCGGAUAAACAUCUUCUCCAUCCGUACAAACGUGCGGCCAGACAGUCGAGGGACGGAAGUGACGGUAUUCUUGCCUCAGCACUGGCACGGCGCGACAAAGUUAACUCACAAGGCCGGUUAUCUCGGCAGAUUAAGCUGUCCGCUAAGAUUUUGGCCAAUGAAGAGCUCCGUCAAGGUUACGAACAGCAGCAAAACAAUGGCAGGAUCACUGGUGUGAUUGAGCAAUCGGCCGCUGUCGGUCUGCAUGAGGAAGAUCUUCCAUCGUCGGAUCGUGAUCGUCACUUCGAACCUGUUCCGGAGAAGCAACGUAAACUGGCCCGAGAUGCUACCGAACUGUCGGUAGCCAGUUGCAGUACAAUCGGUAGCAGUACUGAGGAUGUAACGGUGGUAUCCGUGACCUUGCCACCACCGAAAGCUGGUACGUCUGGGACGACGACUAAAAAAACUUCUUCCGCUCAAGUAUUGCAAAGUGUUACAUCGUUGGUCCAGCAACCACCGAACAAAAAACAUAUAGGGACUUCUUCUUCCGAGCGAGUGUCUGUUGCGAAACGAAUGUCCAAACAAAGCGCAUCCAACGCUUCGUGUCCCAACGUGGAGACAUUCCUGCAUGAGGUACGAACUAUGCGUCUCGGUACAAAUCGUUCUCCAGAAGAAAAUCGUAAGCUUAACCGUCGCCAGCAGAAACGAAUGGUGAAGAUGAAGGAGAAGUUUAUGAAUUCAUUGAGUUUACGCCGCCGUAGCGCUCAGCAAUCUCGCAACGGAACGGAUGGAGAUGAGUUCGAUGUGGAGCAGUCCGGUGGUGAGCCGGAGUCGAGCGGAAGUGAAGCAGACUUUGUCCCAACACAGAAAAUUGGGACGGUCGGCAAACCAAGCGUUACGCUGCGUCUUCGUAAGCCGGAAACAUUGUUGGAAAACCAUACGCGCAAAGUAACACCUGCUCCAGCAAACCGUAUACCGUUAGUGACGCUUCCGAAAGGUGCGUCGAGUAUGCCGAAACUGAAUGUUGGUCGUUCUUCUGCCGGCCCUACUGGACAAGUGCGUCAGAUUGGUAAGCAGUCGAACGGCGGAAGGUCAGCAACCGUGAACGGGCCUGCAAGAGUACGUCCUUCGUCGGGUGCAGUCAUUUUACCUGCCGCAAUGACCACCCUGGGCGCACGAUUGUCUACACCAAAAACAGUCAACAACACAUAUUCCUCCGCAAAUCCCUCUGUUAAUGCACUGCUCAAGGAUAAAGAAACGGAACAGUUGCAACGCUCGUUGCAACGACUUGGCUGUGAAGUCACGUUGAUACCCACAACGGCGACCGGUCGUACUGCUGAUACACGUCCCGCGUUUGAUGCUACGCCGGUGGCCGGCUCUUCCCGAUCUGGAGCAGUAAAUGCUUGGCCGUUACGGCGCGUAAAGGGUAGCGCAGUUCCCCAAAGACCCCGAUCCCAACAAAAUGCAGCCACACCGCCUAUCCUACCCGGUACGACUUCGCCGAGCUUGCAGAUUGUGCUGGGAAGCGCAGGAUCGCCAGCACCGGUGCAAGAUUCCUCCAGGUUGCUGUCGUCCAGAACUGCAACAACCGCUUCGCCAUCGUCGGAAACGCUCGUCUGUCAUUGCCGCCAAAAGUCGGACAUAUUCGUGGAAAAGACGGUCGGCAAUGGGUUCUGCACGGCGAUAGACGAUAUCGAUGGUCAGCAGAUUGGUUGCUGCAACGAGCUGUCGAAUGAUCUGCCGAAUAUGCUGCGUCCGAGUCCGAGGGUUAGCUUUCAGCUGCUUUGCAACAUGCACCGGAAACGGUUGGAGGAUCAUGGCUGUUGUGCCAUCUGUGGACGGUUUUGUACACAGGGUAACUUUGCAAUGUGCAAAAACGCUCAUAUAUUUCAUCCAAAUUGUGCCGAUAAGUACAUGCUCAACACGCCGUACAAUCCGGCCCGCCCGGAGGACUCUGCAGCUCCGACGCUGGUGUUAAAAUGCCCUCACUGCAAUCAGGAAUGUCCGAACAGAGAGAUCGAGGUGAACAUUCAGCUUACAUCGCCUCCAGUGCUGUUGCCAUCCCGAAAAAGUAUAGUUAAACCUGCUAAAAUGACGGUUUCUAAAACUAGUGGCAACAAAGCUAAUGGUGUCAGUGAAUCCACCAACGUUAGUGAAAGUUUCCGUACCACCGUCAAAUCACUGGUGCCGAGAAGUUUAAAGAACAUGCUCUCGGAGGAUCAUGCUGCCACAAAUGGGAGUGGUGUUAAAACGGCUCAGGCAACAACCAGUAGUACUGGUAGGAUAAGUUCUGCUAAAGAUACCGGUACGACCGGAGCUGUGAAGAAUCGUUUUACGGCGAAAGAUUUCUCGCAUGCUGUUUGCACUAAGAAGGAUGAUGCGCUUGUUUCGGAAAUCAUCACUUCCGGAUUCGACAUCGAGACACGGUUUCGAGAGUUUCAUCAUGGUACCUGUCUGCACGUUGUGUGUAAUUACGGCACGCUUGCAAUGGUCUACCUAAUCAUGUGCCGUGCCCGUUCGGUGGACUAUCUGAACAUUGCCGAUCGGGCACUGCGUACCGCUGUAAUGUGGGCGGCAAUGGGUUCGAAGUGCGAUAUCGUAAAGCUGCUGUUGGACAGUGGUGCCGAUGUAACGCUCAAAGGUCCGUACGGGUUGACCGUGCUGCAUUUGGCGGCCAAACUUGGUCAGCACGAAGCCGUACGCACGAUCCUGGAGUGUGCACGCAAACGGUUGACCGCACGCGACCUGAUGGCGUUCGUGAAUGCGGUCGAUAAUGGGAGCUGGACGGCGCUAGCCUGGGCGGCCGAGAAUCGUCACAAGCAGACGGUCGAGCAGCUGAUCUCGAUUGGAGCGGAUGUGAAUGUGUGCGAUCGAUUGAACAAUACAGCGCUACACUGGGCUGCACUGUCCGGUUGCUCCGAUACGCUAUACCUGCUGAUGACCAAGGACUGCAAUCCGAACCUGCAAAAUGACAACGGAGAAACACCGCUACAUAUCGCUUGCCGCCAGGGUCAUGCUGAAAUUUGUGUGGUACUGCUAGCCAUGGGUGCUUCCUUGAAUAUUCGCAACGCUUCCAAUAAGCUGCCUCAGGACAUGAUCGAGAAUUCAACCAGUGAAUGUGCAAACAUUAUAAUAGCGAAUGUGAAAAUGCGCAACCUAUCAAACAACCUGAAAGAAACGCACAUUUUAUGCAGUGACAUAUCCAAGGGUAGAGAACGCCAUCCGAUACAGGUCGUGUACUAUACCAGGGGUAACAACGAGCGUCAACUUUCUGUACCGAAAUUUAAGUAUAUACGGAGCAAUGUGCAGAUCGAUUCACGCAUCACAAUCGAUCCUGACGUUCGCAACAUGCCCGUUUGCUCAUGUGUAGAUAGCUGUACGUCAACUCAGUCGGAGUGCCUCUGUUCGGAACGUACCUGGUAUACAAACGAUGGACGGUUGAUGAACGACUUCAACUACCUUGAUCCUCCGACCGUUAUCGAGUGUGGUGACCUGUGCGACUGCAAUCGGAGGUUGUGUCGGAAUCGGGUCGUGCAGCACGGCCUUCAUAUACCGCUACAGUUAUGCUACAUUAAUGGCAAAGCUUGGGGUGUACGUACGAUGCUGCCUAUUCCGAAGGGUAGCUUUUUGGUGGAGUAUGUUGGGGAGAUACUGUCCGAUGAAGCAGCCAAUCAUCGGCUUGACGAUAGUUACCUGUUUGAUCUUGGCAAUGGCUUUUGCAUCGAUGCCAGCGCGUACGGGAAUGUGAGCCGAUUCUUUAACCAUUCCUGUCAACCAAACGUUUCACCCGUGUCCGUAUACUAUGACCAUAAGGAUCAGCGUCAUCCAAGGGUAGCACUGUUUGCCUGCCGCGACAUUGAAGCACAGGAAGAAAUAUGCUUUGAUUAUGGUGAAAAGUUUUGGAUGGUAAAGCGAGGCUCACUGGUGUGUCGGUGUAAUACGUCUAAAUGUCGAUAUCGGGUGGUGGAGUAAGACAGAUAAUCUAUAUGAUUGACAUUGUUGGAUGCAGUUUGCAACAUUACACAUUACAAUUCGCAAUGGGAAAAAGGAGAUCGUUUAACCGAUGGUUGUGGAGGUGGUUUUACUAAUAUUGAAGACUGUGUGUAUGUGUGGUUCGAGAUGCGAUUGGAGAGGACAAGAUUGAAAGGAAAACAGGAAAAGAGAGUGUAAAAUGGUGUAAUAUUUAUUUAUUUUUCUAUAUGUCAUUAGCUAAUUUCGAAGGAAAUAUAGAUUGUAGUUGAUUCGAUAGUCUAAAUAAGGGAUAUUUCCUUCCUUCCAGUGGAGGGCGAUGUACACAAAUGUACAAAAGGUAAAAAAAGUUUGCACAUACACACGAAGGGACAAGUGAUUUCAGCACAAUGAUGCGUAGAAAAGAUAAAUGUCGAAAUUUGAGUUGUAACAAAAACUACAAGUCAGUCAUUCAUGAUGGUGUUGAUAGCAUCUCUUUACGACAUGUUUGAUCGUGCAUCGCCAUAUCACAAGCGACGAUCAGAAAAAAUAGUUCCCGUAUUUAUUUCUUGUUGAAAGCUGUAUGGAACAAUCCUUUUAUUGGGCGUUUUUCGAUUAGUUUUACUGCAUGCGAUAUUGCCAUAGUCUGUAGCAAAGGCAAAAGGCGAAAGCAAAGCCGCAAUAAUUGUGGAAUGUUCAGUUUGAACCAGAAGCUGGACCGGCAAGCUGAAAUCGAUCAGCAGUCCGAUUAAGGCACAGUAGCACUGCAGACAAGGAAUAAUUAAUGAUUUAGUUACACUUUUAAUGUCUAAUGGCCGGUUGUCGCAGCAGCACAAUGGACACAUAAUCGAUCCCGUUGGACGGUUAGUCAAGAUAGAAGUAUAUAAAAGCCUUGUACGUACAUGCAUGUGUCGAUGUGUCUCGUGUGAAAGUAGCUUAAGAGUUUCUUUGCUAGAAUAGUGUUUAGGUUAAAUAUUUUGGUUUAGGAGACGAUGAAGCAGAUUAUCUUUAGUAUUAACAACAACAAAAAGAAGAUAUGCCAUAUUUAGUUGCCACCGAUUUUUCUUUCGUAGUAUAAGCCGACAAAGAAGCAUGCGUAGACAAAACGUGGAUGGAGAUGCGUAUGUACGUGAAGCUUUACAUUGGAACGGUUGCCAUUUGGUUUUAAGCAGACUGUGAGACCAUUACUUUUAUCAUGUUUUUUUUUUAUUUUAGAAAUAUUUGGCUGGCUUUAUUAUUUGUUUCGCGGAUGCAUAUAAACAAAUAGAAACAAAAGUGUUUGUUUUUCACAAAAUCAAAACCAAGGAAAUCAUCUAAUCACCGUACAACUCAUACCAUCACUUUACACACCUAACCGGGCGAUUAAUUUAUCCUUAGAACAGUGGGGAGGAUUUUGUUUCAUUCUUUAUUUUUACUAACAUUUCGUGGAUAUGUUAUUGGAGUUAACUGCAAUAGAAAGUCCACACCUAUAGAAAUAGUUCAAUAAUUAAUCUGCGUGAAAUAUAUUUGUCAGUAGCGCUAUGAUACCAAAGUCAUGGAAUCGUGCGAUUCUUAUUUAGUGAAAUACUAUUCAUUUUUUGCAAACGCUUUACUGUUUGUACUAUUAUAACUAGAUUUUGCAGUAUCGAACGUACGUAGUUCCUUUAAGUAGUUUCAUUAUGGUACGUUUUGAUGAAUUUGGUUUUCCUUGCUUGCCGAUGAAAAUUAAUGCCACAUAUUUGUAAGCAAGUGUGAUGCGUGUGCAUUGUUUGGCGACAGGACAAGAACACAAAUAGAUAGCGAUACAGAGAUACAGUAGAAGCAUUGCUAAAAGGGACAUGCAAAAUAAAGCAGGGGAAUGGAAGAGAGAAUGCAAACAGAGAGCUAUUAACAUAUUUAGUGUGGUAGAUACAAAGGCAUCUUUAAAAAAACCGGUAAAGAAUAAAUCAAUG